CCUGCCGCCGACAUGCAGUCCCCGGCGGUGCUUGUCACCUCCAGGCAAGUUCAGAAUGUCCACACAGGCCUUGACUUGACAGUGCCACAGCACCAGGAAGUUCGGGGCAAGAUGAUGUCCGGCCACGUGGAAUACCAGAUCCUGGUGGUGACCCGCUUGGCUGUGUUCAAGUCUGCCAAGCACCGGCCUGAAGAUGUCGUCCAGUUCUUGGUCUCCAAAAAAUACAGCGAGAUCGAGGAGUUUUACCAGAAACUGAGCAAUCGUUACCCAGCAGCCAGCUUGCCCCCGCUGCCUAGGAAGGUCCUGUUUGUCGGGGAGUCUGACAUUCGGGAAAGGAGAGCCAUGUUUGAUGAAAUUCUGCGCUGUGUCUCCAAGGAUGCCCAGUUGGCGGGCAGCCCAGAGCUGCUAGAAUUCCUAGGCACCAGAUCCCCAGGGGCUGCAGGCCUUGCUGCUAGAGAUCCCUUUGUACUGGAUGACACAGCCAGCCAGCCAGGGGACAACGAUGAGCCUUUUGACUUCUUUGAGCAGCAGGAUCAAGUGCAGCCACCCACACUGGGCCUGAGCAACAAGGAUGUGGAGAAGUCCCUGGAGGAAGAAGAAGAGGAGGAAGAGGCACUGGAUCCCCUGGGCAUCAUGCGCUCCAAGAAACCCAAGAAACGCCCAGAAGUGGCCAUAAGGCCCAAGCCUUCACCUCGGCUCACCAUCUUUGAUGAGGAGGUGGACCCUGAUGCAGAGCUCUUUGGCCCAGGCAAGAAGGCAUCCCCCCAGAGACCUCUGGAGACCACACAGGACUCCCUGAAGCUGUUUGAUGACCCUGACCUUGGUGGAGCUGUCUCCCUGGGUGACCCUUUACUGCUGCCAGCUGCCCGUGAGAGUGGAGGGCCCACAUCCAGCCCAGAAUACAGGGAAGCCUCCAAGGAGCUGUUCAGAGUUGAAGAGGACCUGGACCACAUCCUGAACCUAGGAUCUGAACCUAAGCCCAAGCCCCAACCUAAGCCCAAGCCUCUAGUCUCAGCUAAGCCAGCACUGCCCAGGAAACCAACUGUGCCCCCCUCUGUGGGUCCAUCAGAAACUGGGGCUGGACCACAGAAGCAGCAGCAGAUCCAAGCCAUGGAUGAAAUGGACAUCUUGCAGUACAUUCAAGACCAGGACACACUCGCCCAAGCAUCCCCCAGCCUCUUCUGACUUACCCUCUCCCACUGAUACUCUGCCUGCCGUUGCAUACCCUCCUGGGGAAGAGACCUGAAUGAGAAUGUGUGGGUUCUACCUGCCAGGCAAGGAGCACCAAUGGAAAUGGAAGCCUGGAUCCCCAGCCCCAGUACCAUACUGUAUUCUUUUCUCCUGGGCUGUGGGAUGCACAAGGACUUUUUGCAGAACGAAGAGUUGGGAGCAUCAUAGGAAUCAAAGUGCAUCGUCCCAGCCCAGCUGGCUGAAAAGAGGAGAGUGGGUGUGGGCUUGCCUUACUCAACAAGAGCCUGACCUCAAGGUUGGAAUGAGAUCAGAGGACAGUGUCUACCAGGGAAGGGACAACUUCUACAUGCUUGCAUCCACUGCCUCUGCCAGCUCAGUGCAGGAAGGAAGGAUUACCUGAGCCUAGGUUGGACUAAACAGGGUUCCUGUGACAGGCUGUUCUGGAGUCUCUACUUAGCAUGGCUGCUGAGGCCCCACAGCCAAGGCAUGUUCUAAGCAGAAAGCCUUUCUAUCCAGACUGCCCUGACCCAAGUCCCUUCUGAGUCUCCUUGGACUUUCAAUGCUAAUAGGAAAACUUGGGCCCACCAUUGCCUCUCUAGGGCAUGGAGGGCUUCCAUGACCCCAGGUCUUCCAUAUCCUUUCCCAGGAAGGGCCUGGCCAGCCCAUGGCCCCUUUAAUGCAGCUAUCAAUAAAGUGGGUCCUAGCCUCUCCCAGAGCUUAACCCAUGGGGUAUGAGGCCUUGUCUGCCCUCAGGAUCUGAACUCAUUAGCCUUUCUCCAGUGAAGCCACCAGCCAAGGUGAGGGAGCUGUGCACCAGGGCGAUCCUGUGCCUCCCAGUAGAUGGUGUCUCCUGGAGCAAAGACUGCUAGAGUAUAUUCUUUGCAUUAGGAACUAGUUUGGUUUUUUAUGAAACACAUAGUUUUUUUUUUUUUUAAACGAAAUGCAGCCAUUUUGUUCCUUGGCUCAGUUGUGCUUCACAGAGGCAUUAGAAGGACCCAGUCAGGUCCAAGACCCACUGUCUAGAGCCCACAAGUGGCACCAUCCAAUUGUUGGCUGCUGUCAGUGUCUGGGGUCCCCAGCUCCGACCUACAAGACCAGGCUGGGAGGAUCUGGCCUGUCUUGCAUCUUACAUGUCCCUUGUCAGCUGCCUAGUUCUGAGAAGGCUGGAUGAGAGGGCAUAAAUGGUUCUAGGUGGAGGACCAGAGUACUCCUCUGCCUUGCCAGGUUGAGGGUCUCCCCAGAGACUAGAGCUGACUCUAGAAAGCCCCCACCCCAAUUCUCCUUCCCUUUCACCAGCAGGCCUUCAUGCCCUCCUUUCUCUUAGUGCCCAGAACUUCUGGGCAGAAUGUCCAGAAGCCCCGCCCCAAAGCCCUCUCCUCACUAACUACAAAGGAAGGCUCAGUAGGUGGGGAGAGGCCACAUGGCCCAGUCUUCUAUAGAGUCACCCAACUGUCCCCAGGUCUCAUUGGACCCUUCUCCCUCUAUAUUCAUUCCUCUGUGCCUUGGCUGCCAGCUCUCUACCUCUCUUACACACACACACACACACACACACACACACACACACACACCUUGCACCCACUUUGGGUGAUAGAUGACAUAGGAGCAGUGGUGUGUAGGGAUUGGAUGACCAUGGGCCAAUUCCCAGCUGGGAUCCCUAACAGGACCUGAUCUACCAUUCUCUAGUGUGGUUUUGCCCACUAGUGGGACUUUGUCUUCUGUGGAGCUUUUGGGACACCCUGGCACGGGUGUUAUGCUCCACAGAGAGCAGUUUUCCAAUCAUGACUUGUUUUGAUCACAGGUCUGUGACCUACAUAGCUAGUCUGUGUCUCCCAGUUAUCCAGUAAAGUCUGUGUUUGACAAAGCCAGAA